GAUGAGUGGAACGAAAUGGUACGGCGUGUGAUAAAUCUUUGGAGAAAACAGGCUGCAUAUAUCAGAGGAACACCUACACACCCUGCCCCACUGCCUCAGGACAACAGUACCCCGACACACGCCGCCACGCACGACAUGAAGUGGGCUGCAACUCUAGUUGUGGCUGCAGCCACGCUUGGCCUCGCUUCAUCAAAAUCUGACUGUCCGGUUGGCUUCAUUAACCUGAGCAAUGAUCCCUCCUCGCCGGAAUGCCUGAACUUCGUCCUGAACACCGGCACUUGGCAGCACAUGAACUACAUGUGUGGCAUCAUCCACGCCAACAUAUCCAAGAUAACGGGCGACCUCCACUACAGACUGUACAACUACAUCAGGGCAACACCGGGUUUGACGGAUCACUGCUUCUGGAUCGGAGGAUCAGAUCAUCAGGAGGAAGGGCACUGGGUGUGGGAGUCUGACGGCAGCGACAUCUCCAUGGGCACGCCGCACUGGGAUGCCUGCGAGCGAGACCCCAACGGAUCCAUCUGGCAAAACUACCUCUGUAUCUGCCCCCCAGAUUACUACUUCCGCGACUGUGCCAACGACGCUAUGAUGUACGGCAUAUGCCAAGUCGAGGUCUAGCUCUCACUGUGGCAAGCUAAUGGGAAGUUGACGAUCUAUGUAAGCGGUUGGCAGCAGAAUUCUUUCCUCUUACCCUCACUAGUAGGCAAAUACGAGCAAUUCCUGCCAUUGAAUGUUCUUUACUGAGAGGAAAGUAGCCAUAGCAGGUAUUGUUUUUUGAGUGUCAGUAUCGUUAUUACCAAAAUCCAUGAAAGGGCAUCAAAGAAAAUAUGUGAUAGAGUGUGAUAGAGUCGUUCACACCCCCCCCACUAUCCCCUCCCUCAGUGAUGAAUAAACACGGGCAGGAAAUACUAACAAAAGAGAAGGUAAGAAAAAAAUAAUAACAAUAAUCAAAACAACAAUCAGGACAAUAAUUCAUGACUUUCCAUUAAAGAAUUAACUUUUCUUUCUUUAAAUUUAUCAAAGGCAACUUCAGAAACAAACUCGUCAGGUGUAGUAAGUUUAAGUUAUCUGAACAUAUAUACAUCAUUUUUGUCCCCUCGGCCGGUCUCCUUCACGCUUAGAAAAUUAAAAAAAGGUAACAAAACAGGCAAAAUGACAGCAAGGAGGCAAGUAAUAGUAAAUUUAUAUAUUACUGCAUUGCUGGAAAAUAACAAUACCCUUCCGAGUUGUACACGCUUCGUUGUUGUAACUAUAUUAAUAUAAUCAAGAUACAAUAAUAAUAAAAUCAAAUAUACAUA